AACUGAAGAUGACAUAAGUAAAUGGGAAGAUAUUGAGUGCUCAUUGAUUGGAAGAAUAUUGUUAAAAUGUUCAUACUAUCCAAGUCAGUAUACAUAUUCAGUGCAAUCCCUAUCAAAAUUCCAAUGGCAUUUUUCACAGUAAUAGAACAAACAAUUCUAAGAUUUGUAUGGAACCAUAAAAAAUCUUGAAUAGCCAAAGCAAUCUUGAGAAAGAACAAAACUGGAGGCAUCAUGUGCCCUUGUCAAAAACUACAUUACAAAGCUAUAGUAAUUAAGACAGUAUGAUAUUGGCAUAAAAAGAGACACAUAUAUCAAUGGAAUGGAAUAGAGAGUUGAGAAAUAAACCCACACGUAUAUGGUCAAUUAUUUUACAGCAAAGGAGCCAAGAAUAUACAGUGAGGAGAGGACAGUCUCUUCAAUAAGUGGCGCUGGGAAAAUUGGAUGACUACGUGAAAAAGAAGGAAACUAGAUCACUGUCUUAUGCCAUACUUGAAAAGUAACUCAAAGUGAAUUAUAGACUUGAACAUAAGACCUGAAAUCAUUAAAACUCCUAGAAGAAAACAUAGAUAGGAAUCUCCUUGACAUAGGUCUUGGUGAUGAUUUUUUUGAAUCUGACACUGAAAGAAAAGCAACAAAAGCAAAAAUAAAUAAGUGGGAUUACAUCAAACUAAAAACAUUUGCACAGCAAAGGAAACCACCAACACAAAGAAAAGGCAACUGAGUGGUAAAAAAUAUUUGCAAACCAUAUAUCUGUUAAGGGGUUAAUAUCCAAAAUAUAUGAUGAACUCUUAUAAUUCUGUAGCAAAAAAAAAAAAAAGGUUAAAAAAUGGGCAGUGGGACAUUGCUGGUGGCACAGUGGUUAAGACUUGGAGCUCCCAAUGCAGGGGGCCCGGGUUUGAUCCCCAGUCAGGGAACUAGAUCCCACAUGCAUGCUGCAACUAAGAGUUCACAUGCCACAACUAAGGAGCCUGCCUACCACAACUAAGACCUGGCACAACCAAAGUAAAGAAAAAAAAUGGGCAGAAAAUCUGAACAGACAUUGUUCCAAGAAAGACAGACAGAUGGCCAACAGGUACAUGAAAAGAUGCUCUACAAUAUCAGUCAUCAGGGAAAUGCAAAUUAAAACCACAGUGAGAUAUCAUCUCACACUUAUUAGAAUGACUUAUGAAUAAGACUAGAAAUAAUAAGUGUUGGUGAGGAUGUGGAGGAAAGGGAAGCCUUGUGCAGUGUUGAUAGGAAUGUAAAUUGUUGCAGCCACUAUGGAAAACAGUAUGGAGGUUCCUCAAAUUGAAACUAGAACAACUAUAUGAUCCAGCAGUUUCACUCUGAGAAAUUUAUCAGAAGAAAAUAAAAACACUAGCUCAAAAAGAUAUACGUCGUCCCCCCCCUCCGCCCUGCGAGUCUUCAUUGCAGCAUUAUUUGUAGUAAGCCAAGAUAUGGAAACAAUGUAAAUGUCCUUUGAUGGAUGAAUGGAUAAAGAAGUGGUAUUUUUUAUAUGAUGGAAUAUUAUUUACCUGUAACAGAGAAGGAGAUCUUGACAUUUGUAACAUAGAUUGACCUGAGGGCAUUAUGCUAAGUAAAACAAGUCAGUAAAAGACACAUCCGUAUAAGAUCUUUCUUGUAUGCGGAAUCUGAAAGCAAAACAAACCAAUCAUCCACACCCUGCUGGCCCCCCACCCGCCGCAAUGGAACAGAAUAGUAGUGGCCAGAGGCAGGGGGUGGAGGGUGGGAGAAAUGGAUGGACUAGGGUUUUUUUUGUUGGUUUUUGUAGUUUAAAUAAAUUGAAUUUUUGAAAAGGAAAAACAUUAGACAAAUCCUAUUCGAGGGACAUUCAACAAAAUACUUGACCCAGUAUUCCCCAAGGCUGUUGGGGUCAUCAAAAUCAAGGAAAAUCUGAGAAACUCUAUAGCCAAGAGGAGUCUACGAAAGAUAUGAUGAUUAAAUGUAAUGUGGUAUCCUGGAUAGGAUCCUGAAACAAAAAGACGUUAUGUAAAAACAAAAAGGAAGUUUGAGUAAAGUAUGGACUUUAGUUAAUAUUAUGUUUAUAUUCGUUUGUUACCUGUAACAGAGGUACCAUUCUAAUAUAAAAUGUUAAUAGGUAACAUUGGGUGUGGAGCAUAUGGGAACUCUGUACUGUCUUCUUAUUUUUUCUCUGAAAUUGUUCUAAAAAAUAAACUUUAGUGUAAAAAAAAUAGUCCCUCAAGUAUUUUUUUUAAACCCAGAAAGCAUGUGUUUCACAACUUUUACCAGAUUUUUGCUCAUAUUCCACUCUUAAAUACAUAUUACUCCUGGAGCAACACAAGUUUUAAAAAAUCUAGUAAAAGAAUAAUUGGCUUGACUAUAUCACAUAACUGGUUCUUGCAAACAGGCCCAACAUUUAUUAUGCUGCAUUUGCUGCCAGCUUGAAAGCCUACCCACAAACGUUAGAAAGUUAUGUUUAUUAUAAUGUAAGUCCUUUACUAUCAUAAAAAUUAUUAACCUUGAAGUCAACCAAAAUUCUUGUAAAAAUGUUGACUGCACCUUUAAAUGAGUAAUUUGUUACCUAAAAGUUCUUUUUUAACUCUUUAAUAUAAUCUUAACACAUUUUUCAUAAUUUAAAUAGAGUUGUUGUAACUUAUUUUUCUAUUUUCAGAACAGUUUUGCCUUGGACACUCAAGUGAUUAUUUGGUUAUCUUUUUUAUUACUAAAGCAAGUGUCAUUGGGGCCAUGUACUAGGAAAACAGGAUUUAUUGCCUCCAAUCCAGAUAUUUUCUUGGCUGGCAAAGGGGAGGGAUAAUAUGUUCUGAAUAUUUUCCCUUACUAACAGUUAUACUUAGUUUUGACAAAUAAACAUAUUUUGUAACAAAGUGAAAAAUGUGCAUGGUAGCAAACCCAAUGCUAAGCAAUUUCAGCCUUAUCAAUAGGAAUUUAAAGGUUUGCUCUUUUAGCUUUACUUUUGGCUUAUUUGUAGACGAAGGGGGGAAAAAGGUUAGCUCUUUAUUCUUUGAAUUUUUAGACACAUUUUUAGAUGAAUUAGUGUAAAGAAAGAAAAUAUUUGAAGAACCUAAUGUAUUCUUAAUAGCUGGACCAUUAUUUCAGUAGUCUGUGAUUUUCUAAACUUGUGCUUUCCACUUAUGUAACUGCAUUUCUCUUUCAGCUGAAAUAACUCCUAAGUAACCAAAUCAUAGAAAUGCCAAAAAAUUAGACCAAAGAUGUUGGUUUUGGAAUUGCACGUGGCAGGUAGUUCAAGUGAUAUUCAAAGACAAUACUAGUUAACAUUAGGCACCUUUUAAGCUUAAAAGUUAAUAGCUUAGGAAGGAAUUUAAGGUCAGAAACCCAAUAUAAAUGAUAGUCUCAGUCUUUGAGUGUUCUCCUUCAAGUAGGCCCAUCCCAAGACUGCAGGAACUUUAGGGAGUGACCUAGCUUGGAGGAAUUGAUACAGCUUGGAUAAUGACUUUUAGGCAAUUGACUUGCCCGGGUAGACUCUUUAGGUAUCACAUCUGUAAUAACUACAAUCCAGAUGGCAGUCUUUGAAUCUAUGCAGUAUGAAAAGGAGGACAUCUGAUGCCACAUACAUCUUGUUGUCAGCAAAGAAUACAUGGUAUUUUGAAGUAUGAUUAAACUCCUAAUGCUGCAGCAGAGGCUAAGAAUAUUAAUGGCCAGAUCUAGUGUUCACAUGGUCUUCUGAAGAAGCCAUGGGUAGCUGUUGUAGCUGUCCAGAUAAAGACACUGUCCCAGAUAACCAUCGGAACAAGUUUAAGGUCAUUAAUGUGGAUGAUGAUGGGAAUGAGUUAGGUUCUGGCAUAAUGGAACUUACAGACACGGAACUGAUUUUAUACACUCGCAAACGUGACUCGGUAAAAUGGCACUACCUCUGCCUCCGACGCUAUGGCUAUGAUUCGAAUCUCUUUUCUUUUGAAAGUGGUCGAAGGUGUCAAACUGGACAAGGAAUCUUUGCCUUUAAGUGUGCUCGUGCAGAAGAAUUAUUUAAUAUGUUGCAAGAGAUUAUGCAGAAUAAUAGUAUAAAUGUAGUGGAAGAGCCAGUUGUUGAACGGAAUAAUCAUCAGACAGAAUUGGAAGUCCCCAGAACACCUCGAACACCUACAACUCCAGGGUUUGCUGCUCAGAACUUACCUAAUGGAUAUCCCCGAUACCCCUCAUUUGGAGAUGCUUCAUCCCAUCCUUCAAGCAGACAUCCUUCUGUGGGAAGUGCACGCCUGCCUUCAGUGGGUGAAGAAUCUACACAUCCUUUGCUUGUGGCUGAGGAACAAGUACAUACCUAUGUCAACACUACAGGUGUGCAAGAAGAACGGAAAAAUCGCACAAGUGUACAUGUCCCAUUGGAGGCGAGGGUUUCUAAUGCUGAAAGCAACACACCGAAAGAAGAACCAAGUAAUAUUGAGGACAGGGACCCUCAGAUUCUUCUUGAACCCGAAGGAGUCAAGUUUGUCUUGGGACCAACCCCAGUUCAAAAGCAAUUAAUGGAAAAAGAGAAACUGGAACAACUUGGAAGAGAUCAGGUCAGCGGAAGUGGCGCAAAUAACACGGAAUGGGACACUGGCUAUGACAGCGAUGAACGAAGAGAGGCGCCCUCUGGUAGCAAGCUGGUAUAUGAAAACCUAAAUGGGCUGGCCCUCCCUGGUGCGCCAGGGCUCAGGAGAGGCCGUCUGCCGUCCGCUAGUACCUCAGACUCGCAGAAUAUCAACAACUCAGCUCAGAGAAGAACUGCAUUGUUAAACUACGAAAAUCUACCAUCUUUGCCUCCUGUUUGGGAAGCCCGCAAGCUAAGUAGGGAUGAAGAUGACAAUUUAGGACCAAAGACCCCAUCUCUCAACGGCUACCAUAAUAAUCUAGACCCAAUGCAUAACUAUGUAAAUACAGAGAAUGUAACAGUGCCGGCAAGUGCUCACAAAAUAGAAUAUUCGAGGCGUCGGGACUGUACACCGACAGUCUUUAACUUUGAUAUCAGACGCCCGAGUUUAGAACACAGGCAGCUCAAUUACAUACAGGUUGACUUGGAAGGUGGCAGUGACUCUGACAACCCUCAGACUCCAAAAACUCCUACCACUCCCCUUCCACAGACCCCUACCAGGCGCACAGAGCUGUAUGCUGUGAUAGACAUCGAGAGAACUGCUGCUAUGUCAAAUUUGCAGAAAGCACUGCCACGAGACGAUGGUACAUCUAGGAAAACUAGACACAAUAGUACUGAUCUGCCCAUGUGAGCCCGGAAAGCAUUACGUUGUUUGCACCUUUGUGAAGUUUUAAAAAAUGAAGAUGCAAGUGCUUCAUUUUUAUUUCUAAACACUAACUCCUUUUAUAGACCGAUAAAAACAUUUUUUUCUGAAUAUUUCAUGUGCUUCUUUAAAGGGAAUUAAUGUAGAGCAGGUACUCAUAAAAGAACACUAAUUUCAUUAUAUUACUACUCAUUACUGUACAGCAGCAUUCCCAUUUUCACAGUGCCUAUUUAAAAUGAGAGUUGAAGUGAGUAACAUGCUGGUCCGUUUUCUAUCAAGGUUAUGGACUCAUGCAUAUCAUUCAUGUCUAAGUCAUGGUUGGCAUUUAAAACAUAUUAUAAAGCCUCUUGAUAAUGUGCAUUGCUAACAGAUAACUCUAGGCUUUGAAAGUACUAUUUGUAGAUUCACUAUUCAUGGUGUGUGGCCUCCAGCAUGUAACAUGAGGAAUCCUUUCAUUAAUUGUAGGCUUUUUGACUUGAGCCAAAUCAUGUAAUGGAAAUAGAAGUACCAUACCUCCUGUGUAUCAGUCAGUUCCUUUGCCUUCCCCAUUUCUAGAAAGAGUCCUAUGUUGGUGAACAUGGUUUGCUGUUGGUGUGUUGAAAGGCAGGAAAGACGAGAUUUUCUGUUUACUCAUCUCAUGGUGUCAUUUGAAGGGCAAGCCCAGAUAUCUUAAUCAGCAUUACAAAUAGGCUCGAGAGUCAGUCUCAGGUCACUUUAUCCAAAAACAAUUGAAAAUCUGAACCGUGAUCUCUUGAAAGUUUCUCUCCUACAGAUAAUUAACAGUAACAUUGUUUUCUGGAGGCAUUUGUGCCGUUAGAUUGCUAUUUACCUUUAGUUUUUUCUUUUGGUGUUUGGGAUGUCUGAUUUUGUUGCUUCAUGUCUUUUUCAGUUUAAAAUGUUUGAGUUUGUAUAUAGUUUUGAAAUUGGAUUAUGUGUUCAUUAUUUAGUUUGCAUUUUUGUCAAAUUGUGGUUUUGAAGGUUCAUUUGGAAUUUACUGUUAUUCUAUAACAGGGUUGCCCUUGUCCAGUAUUUAUUUAUAUGCUGUUUACUUUUCAAGCUGAUAAAAGCAUUUUCUCAAUUUUAAAUUUCACUUGUGUCCGUAGGUGAUCUCUUAAGCAGCUGAGAAGGAAAAAAAGAAGCUACUUUUAACAGGCGAAGUUCCCUGAAGGUACUGUGUUUCCUCUGUGGGCACUCUGCCAGCACUUUAGCAGCGAUUGCCUCAGUCACACGGCUGCAGCUGUACUCUGCCCACUGUAGUGCUCCUCAGCUCUGCUGUCCUUUCACUCGCAGCUGGAUCUUGGAUUAUCCCUUGGUUUUAAUAGAAUGUUAAGAUUGUUGCCAGCAUAGCAGGUACAGUGGAAGUCUUACAGCAGUGAUGUUGUGUCAUAAUUUAGGACUGAAAGUGAAUUGAAGUUUAUAUAAACUGAUGAGAGUCCAUACGUCUAGCUCUUGGAAAAUCAAGAAUUUUCCAGUUUCCCAAAUCCUAAAGAAGACAAGGGAAGGUAGAGUAGAAAGAAGGUUAGAUAAUCUUGCAAACUAUGUCACUGUUUCCUCUCAAGUGUGAGGAAGUUUGAGAUUAUGAUCUGGAUCUACCAGAUGUAACUAAGGUUAAUUUAGCAUGAAAAAGUUUGUCAUAUAGUAUCCAAUCUGUUCCAUAAAUGACCUAAUUAUAGGACAGUGAAUGGAUUAGCAAAUAAUAGGGCGGGACCAUUAUAAAGAAAAUAAAUUAUUAAAGGUGUCUUUAUCAUUUUCAGUGCCAUUGGUUUAUGUGCAUAGCAGAAUUUUUUUUUCCUGUGAAUUUGGUGCUUACUAAAGUGUUCACUGUUCUCUAAAAAGAGAGCAGUGGUAUAGGUGUGCAGUUUCCAUUUCAAUGUAUUGUUCCAUUCAUGCUUUCUUCUGAGUAGAUUGCUGAUUGUGCCAAACUUAUGUGAUGAAUUUUGUAAUGUGGAAUAAGAAUUAUGAUGGAAACAGCGCACGUGGUUUUCUGCGAAACAAGCUGUCAAGACAGAACGUUAACCUCCAAACGAAAGGGCUGACCUAUUUACUCAUUUUGGAGGUUGGAUACUUUCUUUUCUUACUUUUCUCAGCCUUUUCGUUUUUCCUUCUGAUUAGUUUUUAUAUUUUUUAAGCAACUAUAAUAUAACCAUUGCAGUUUAUGCUUUAAAUACUGUGUGCUUUAAAAACGAAAGUGGGACCAAUUUGUCUGCUAAGAAUUUGAUUGUUAGGUACUACGAGUACUAGGGAAGAUGUAUACAAUUAAUUUCUACAUUAAUGGUAUUAAUUUCUAGAUGUCUCUGGAAAUCACCUGUGUUCCUACUUAAUAAAAAGUAAUGUAGAACACUAUUUGUCCUCUGCGGUAGUCUAGUAAUGGGCAUUAAGCUCUGUCCUGGAAGAAUUGUACCAAUUACUAGGUGCAUUUUAGAAUGAAAUAAUUUAUUGGGAUAUAAUUGUGGCCAUAUGUUUCAGAUUUUCUGAGACAGACCUAAUUUUAGACAUUCUGUUCUGUUGAUAGAUCACGUGAUCCCACUUUCUGGUUUUGGAAAUGGAAUCACUGAUCCUGUGUUUUCCCCCUCAUAGAAGCCUCUUUUAUCCUUAUAGAUCAUAACACCUUUUAUCCCAGAGCAGGGUUGGAAACUGAUAUGGGUAUCACAUGUGUUUUUCUUAGUGUGUUUUAUUUCCCGGGUUCAUCUUCCUUUAAAAAUGAAAAUAUGGUGCCUUCCCUCCCUCCAGGAAGAUUGGCAAAUAGUUCCUUUUAUUUACUGCUGCUGUGGAGUGAUGAGAUAUGCACUUUACUUUUGAAGACUCAGCAAAAAGCUUUUCACUUCUCAGUAUAUCCAGAAAUAGAUCACAUUUGGGACUUAAGAAAAUUUGCCAAGCAAUCUUUGUUUUUAUAAAUAUUAAUGUUGACCCCACAGUUCAAUGUUAUAAGUCAGGCUAGUGUUUGUUUAUCACCCCCCCAACCACCCAAAAAAAAAAAAAUCCGUGGCACAACAUAUAAAAAUGUACCUCAAUCAUGUUCUAUUAAAAAUGGGACAGGGGCCUUAUGUUUUCAUAAUUUCCCAAUAAUGUGCCACAUAUGUUUGCCUCAAGGUAUAGGUUUUAACAAGAUAAAAAAUACACCCCAUUUCCCCUUGUGCUGUUCCUAACCCAUAAUGUCCAAGUGUUUUGUGCAAUGCGUAGUGUGUGUGUAUAAAUAUAUAUAUGUAUAUACUAAUAUACAUAUAUAUGUCUCUUUGAAAUAGACAUACCAUCAGAGACAACAUUCAGAACUAACUGAUGUAUUGGCAUCUCUUUCUUAUCUCUGAUAUGUGAGGUAUAUGGUACUAAAUUACCUUUUCCCUGAUGUUUGCCAAAUUUGAAUAAAGGCAUUGGUACGAAACCACAGAAUGUACAGAAAAUGUUUUUGGCUUGAAAAAUUAACAAAUCUUUUAUGACAUGCCACAAUAUACUCUGCCCAAACCAGCACCCUAUCUUUCUUGUUCUUUAUAUCCCUUUUCCCCAUCCCUACUUCCUCAUUUUUGGGGGGGGGGGG